CACGGCCGGCUGGCCCGACGUUCCCAUUGGCGGUGGGGGACUUCUCUUGUUCGCAUCGCCCCGCCUUUUGGAACGUCCCGACUCCCACGGAGCUUGUGUUGAGUUGGGAGGCGACGGGGCCGGAGGAGGACGAACACCUCCUGGACCCUAAUCCCUCGGGUGCCCCAAAACCGGCAGGGAAUGAAGAGGAUGCUGGCAGUUUGAGGGAAAUCCUCUGCUCACUUGCACGGCGGUUAAGCACAAGGUUACGGGGCUUUGUGGGCUCAGCCUGGACUUGGCCAAGAAGCCCUGCGCCGGAGCGAUGGCCGCCGAGUUGAGGCCCGAGACGCAGCUGGAAGAGAUGGUGUGGGAGCCUUAUGCCCACGUGGUGGCUCUCCGUUCCGCCACAGGUUUGGAGGUGAAGCUGGGCUCUUUGGCUCUGCUACUGGUGGUGACCCUCUUGUGUGGGUUCCUUCCUCUGUGGGUCUUCCGGCGGCCGGGAGCCACAACCAGCUCGUCAGAUUCCCGAAGGAAGGUUUUAAGCCUGGUGAGCUGUUUCGCUGGAGGUGUCUUCCUGGCUACGUGUCUCCUGGACUUGAUCCCCGAUUACCUUGCCGGUAUUAAUGAGGCCUUCAAUAACUUGAGAGUCACGCUCCAUUUCCCCCUGCAGGAGUUCAUCUUGGCCAUGGGCUUCUUCCUAGUCCUGGUCCUGGAGCAGAUUGUCCUGGCCUACAAAGACCCGGCGGGAUCCCUUGAAGAGACCCAGGCCCUCCUUGGGGCGGCCACGAAUCCCUCCACCUCCAUCCAGGACCAGAGCUGGCCCGACGGGCCUCUGGCGCACCAGCACGGCCGGGACCGCCCCCACGUCCACGUGGACUUCAAUGCCCACUCGGCCAUCCGCUCGAUCGUCCUCCUCCUGGCCCUCUCGCUGCAUUCUGUCUUCGAGGGGCUGGCCGUGGGGCUGCAGGAGGAGGGGGCCCAGGCGCUGGAGAUCUGCCUGGCCCUGCUGAUCCACAAGGGCGUCAUCGCCUUCAGCCUCAGCCUCAAGCUCCUGCAGGGGCGGCUGCGCCCCCGCGUGGUGGCCGCCUGCCUCGUCCUCUUCGCCAUCAUGUCCCCCCUGGGCAUCGGGCUGGGCGUGGUGCUGACGGAGACCCCCAUGGCGGCCCUCCACCAGCUGUCGCGCUGCGUCCUCGAGGGCCUGGCCACCGGCACCUUUGUGUACAUCACCUUUCUGGAGAUCCUGCCCCACGAGCUCAACUCGUCCGAGCAGCGCAUCCUCAAAGUCAUCGUCCUCCUGGCAGGUUUCGCACUCGUCACCAGCAUCCUGUUCAUCAAGAUCUGAGCAGGAGGAGGAGCAGCGUGGGUUGUGGGCGGGCGAAGAGAUGCCCUCGAUCUGUGUCCUAAACUCACUCAGGGAUCCCUUCGGACCCAAUCCGCGCAGGGCUUUGACUUUCAGAAACUCGAGGGAGAAGGCUGAACCCAAGGCAGGCAAGCAAUAAUUUUCACAGACAUCCCCAAAGAUCUCCCCCAGAGGCAAAAAUAGCAGAAAACAGAGACAGUCUGGUGACAUGGAAGGGAGAGGGCAACAACACACACACGCUAUUCCUGGGAAAACCCCCACAAGCCUGGUUUUUUGUUUUGUUUUGUUAUCCCCUCCAGGAAUUCAUCCUACUCCGUUGAUUUCCCCCUGCUGGUGGCGUUCCUAUAUGUUAGAACCUAGGUCCAAAACUUGGGAUAAACAGGCUUAUCUCCUUUUUAAAGAUUCUACCCUCUUCCUCUCAAAAUAGGAACGCUGUUUUAGACCUGCACUCUGGCUGUUUCCACAAUCUCAGGUGCCCUUUGGGCCUAGCUGUGCUCUAGGCCUGCUUGCCUGGGGCGCCUCUGCAGUUGGGCACAAGGUCAGAGUGUUUGGUGGGGUGUUAAGUGCUUACGCCCUCUUGUGAGUACGUAGCUAUGAAAAUAAAACCAUAGCCAAAUUUGGCGUGGGGAUGGCUUGACAAUCCUUCCCUGGGUUUUAAGAAUUAAGCAGGUCUCAGAAACGGGCAGUCAGGCUGUAUCUUGUCACCCUCUGCAUGCUGGAACAAGGGCUCUUGCGGCAGCAGAGGGGAGAGUUCGAAUGCUGCGCCCUGGAGGAAUCACAACACAACUGCUGUGCGAUUGGAAUAUUGUUGCACCGGCUGGUGGCAUGGUCUUUCGUGCAACUGAGUUGUCACCACCCCUCCUUAUGUGUUUCCUUGCACAACCACACCCCCUCCGGUGUGAUUGAUAUCUCAAAGUGAUGUACCCAGGGCUCUUGUACACAACUUUUUGCCACGUUUUACAAAUCAGCAUGUGUGGCAGGGGGUCUCUCGUUUGUGCUUUUUUAGAAAAAUACAACCACACAACAAACUGGUUUCUGGUGCCAAAAUACUUCUCUGCCAUCUCCACAGCUCGUUAACCGCCUUGCCUUAAAAUGUUGGUGCCUUGACUGUUUCAAAAGGGCUCACCAACCGUGUGUUUGUGUGUGUGUGUUUUGUACCGUGUGGUUGGUUGGGUUGAGUGAGUCAAACACUUUUAAAUUUUGGUUGCCUCCUUUCCUUGACCAGCCCAAGCACUUUGGGGGGAACAUUACAAGGCCACCUUUGGGGUUUUUUUGUGUGUGUGUGGGGGGGAAUUCUUGCAUUCCCUGUCUUAAGUGCCAAAGGUUUUUUUCUCACCUGCCCGGGGUGGGGUAAUUCGGUGGGUUUUGCUCAAGUGAAAGUUGCACAAAACCGGUGUUGUGGAUUGACGCAGACGCAGCUUUUAUUGGGGGAAAUGAUCCUCUUCCAUUGAGGCACCUGAGGCUGAGAGAGACAAUGUAAAAUAGCUGUGUUCAUGCAUCUGCUGUAAGCUUGCUUGAUACAGAGAAAAUCAUCUAGGAGGUAUCUUUCAUUAAACUGACAUGUUUUAGGAACAA